UACAAAUCAUAUGUAUCUGGCAACACUGCUAACUGGCUGAGUAGUCUGGCAACGCAGACGUAUUGGUGGUAAAAAUGUUGAAGAACAUCUACGUAACGCCGUUAAAUUUACUUAAAUCGGCCACCAGCCUGCAGCAGCAAGUGCGGACCACGUUCGUGCUGAAGCGCAAAUAUGACCCGCCGCUGCACAAAACCAACGAGAAACCCCGGCAGAUGAGGGCUAAGAACUUCAUCUACGAGCUCGUGGAGGACACGUUGGUCAAGAAGCGGCCCAACAUCGAGGUGGUGCUGAAGACCUUCGUCGAGGGCGUUGGCGACAAGGGCGACGUGGUGUCAAUGAAGCCGAACUUUGUCUACAAUAAGCUCCUGCUGCCGGGUUUGGCCGCGUACAAUACGCCGGAGAAUGUGGCCAAGUACGCCAAGACAGAGGCUGAAAAAUCGGCUGUUAAACACAGCUCCGCCUACGCCCAGCGCACGGUCAACAUGCUGGAGUCCAUUGUGCUGGCGGUGGUCAUGAACAAGGAUGAGCCAUGGGUUCUUGAGCCCUGGCACAUCAAGGCCUCGCUGCGCAAGACUGGGUUUCAUUGUCGCGAGGAGUGCAUCACCCUGCCCAAGGAGCGCAUCGAGGGACCCGACCUAAAGAAGGAGAACAAGGACUUCUACUGCACCGUGACCAUAAACAAGCUGGAACAGGCGCGACUCAAGUGCCGUCUGCACCACUGGAGCACAGAUCCCAGCGAGCGGCUGCCUUACGUACUCGAGCACUGGAAACUCCAGUCUGAGCCCCUGCUGGAUGUAGGUUCACCCGAAAAAAACACAUAGACCAUACCAAAAUAAAUGCGAUUGUUACAAAA